AUGUACUUGACCAAAGAACUGGGCAAAAGAUCGAAAGGUUCUGAUAAAACAUACUAUGCUGCGGUUGAAGAAUUAUGCACAAAUUAUAUUGUACAAUUUGGUGCUCCGCAAAAUAUCUUUUCAUCAUCUUGCACGAUACUUAAGGCAAAGCUAUUUAUCGAUGGGCAAUGGGAUCACACUUGUAUGCAACUUCAAAAAUCGAGAGUCAAAGCGAUACAAGUUCUUGAAUCAACAGGAAUUGGAAUGGGGAUAAAAAUUUCUACAGGUUUUGAAAAAAGUCAAAACGUUAAAUUGGCCUCGAACAAAAUUUUAAGUAGCAUAUCAACAAUACCGGUGGCCGUUUUACACAUUCAUUAUCGACCAGAAAGUUGGUUACGUGCGAGAAAUAUUCUUAUUGAUGACAUCCCGGUAAAGAGUGAAAUAGGUAUUGAGGAUGAAUUCAAAAAUAUCAAGAAUGAGAGUUCGAUUAAACAGGAGUUUGAGGAUAUAAAGUAUGCAAACAAUAAUGAUGGGUGCCAAAAUUUAGUUAAAAGAGAAUUCGCCAGUAUUGAAGAAAGAAAACAUGAAGGAAAAGCUGAUGAUGGAAUAAAUUCAGAUGUAAUGAAGAAACGAUUUAAGGAAGAUGCGAAGUCUGAAAAGGAGGAUUAUUUGAGAAAUGAAUUAAAGCAGUACAAAACUUUAACGGUAGCGAAACGUGAUAUAGAUGUAACAUUAUUAAAACAGAGAAGAUUAGAACGUGAGAGUGGCGUUAAAAAUAAGACCUUGCUAAAAUUAAAGAGAUAA